UGGGUGUGGCCGUGCGGGUGAGCGGAGCCCUGGUCCGGGGCCCGUAGUCUCCCGCAGCCUCUCAGCCAUGGGCGCCGUCUGGUCCGCCCUGCUGGUCGGCGGGUGUCUGGCGGCUGCGCUUAUCCUGUGGCUGCUGCGGGGCGACCCUGGGGUCCCGGGGAAAGACGGGGGUGCGGAGCCGCAGAAGGACGCUCCUCCAGGGGAGGCUGCGGCUCCGGGAGGCGGUCCGGGUGACGGUGGCGGCCUGAGCCCUGAACCUUCCGAGCGGGUGCUGGUCUCCAAACCAGAGCAGCUUCAAGAAAGCAACGGACAUUUGAUUUCCGAGACCAAAGAUCUUGGUAACCUGCAGGGAGCACAGAGACUUGAGAAUACUGGAGCAGACUGGGGCAAUGCCAGAGAAUGUGUACCUGCUGGAAAGAGUGCGGACACCCACUCCAGGGCCAACCCAGAAGUGUCGAGGAAUCAAAGCCCGGAAGUUCAUAGAGGAGAAUGGAGAUCCUGUAAAGGACAAGAAACAGCGGGGAGCAUGGCAGAGAAGCUGUCGUCUAGCAGCCUGCUCAGGGACAGAGCUAAAGCAGCCAGCCCUGCACAGCCAGCCAAUCAGGACCCAGCAGGCCACGAGGACUGGGAAGUGGUGUCCAGGCACUUAUCUUGGGGGGAUGCUGGCUUGGGUAGCAGUCUUGAGGGCCUAAGUCAGGGAAUGGGUGACGGCAGAAGCACUCUUGUGGGAGGAAGAGGCUGGGAAGUAGAUGGGAAGGCCGUGUCCCUGGAAGCUCAGCAGGUCAGCAUCCAGUUCCAGGUGCACUACAACACAAGCUCCGAUGUGCAGUUCAUUGCAGUAACUGGAGACCACGAGAAUCUUGGGGGAUGGACCAGAUACGUCCCGCUCCAUUACUGUAAGGAUGGGCUGUGGUCCCAUUCUGUCUUCCUGCCUGUGGACACGGUGGUGGAAUGGAAGUUUGUGCUGGUAGAGAAUAGGGAAGUUACUCGCUGGGAAGAAUGCAGCAAUAGACUCCUGCAGACUGGCCAUGAGGCUAAAGUGGUUCAUGGGUGGUGGGGGAUUCACUGACUCGCGGUGUGAAGCAUCUGAGCAAGAGGCCGCAGCAGAGUUGGAAGAGGCUAAGGCUGUAGAGCACACUGCAUAAUUUAAAGGCAGUGUAAUCCCAUUUGUAGCCAUCAGAGUUGCUAGUGUGGCUUUUGUCCAGAAUGUAGGAGGAUUUAUGCAUGCCCAUGAUGCUAUCGGUGAGCUGGAACUUUUCCCUUAUUGCACUGACUGGUUUGUGCUGAGACAUUACUUGAGGGGUUGACCGUCCCUGGGGAGUUGGUUUGGGCUAAGACUGAGGCAUGGACUAUGCAAGGAGAAACUAACCAACUGCACAAGUACGAGGUAGAGCCUGUGGCUCUUAGAGCAGGGAGAUGUCGGUAAGCCUCAUUAAAUGCAGCUAACACAACAUGUUUACAUUUUAAAACGACACCAUAUAGAACUGUGAUCAGUCAGGACUGGAGUGACACUCAGAGACUCCCCAUUAGUGUUUGUUCCAUUGUAAGCGCUGAGGAUAGGUGUGGGGUUAGCCGGUGUGGCUUUGUCUUAAUGUCCUAAUCAGAGUUGGUCAUCCAGGAAGUGGAGCGAGUGGGGUGGCUAAGAUGGUGAGGCGGCUUGAAAGGUGACUGUACUCCUUUGAGGACUGGGAUUUACAGGCCCCCGCCUGGCUCCAGCAAGGGCGUGUGCAUCCUUUCCCUACAGUGCCCUCCCAGAAGUCACUUCCCCCACCCCAUUCCAGGUCUCAGUAGAUGGGCUGCCCUGGGGAAGCUUUUUUCCAUCUGUCACCUCUUCACUCUCCUCUCAUACCAGUGAGUGAAAACUACAUAGGACCAUGAUGCGGAAGAAUAUCUUUGCUCUGUGAAGGGAUAAUUAAGUUUUUAAGUUAUAACUGAAUAAUAAAUCCUGAGUUGUAAUAUCUUUA